AUGCAAGUCCCUCCAGGUUUUAGGCGAAAGGGGGAGAAUCGGGUUUGCCAUCUCCACAAAUCUCUCUACGGGCUCAAACAAGCAUCACGGUCAUGGUUCACGACUUUUUCCACAUCCCUCAUCAACGCCGGUUUUGUACAAUCUAAAGCAGAUUAUUCCAUGUUCACUUACAAACGUGAAAAUUUUCUAACUAUUUUGCUUGUUUAUGUUGAUGAUAUUGUUAUCACAGGUAAUGAUCCAACCAUCAUUACUAUCCUCAAGCAGUACCUAGCGCAUCAAUUUCAAAUCAAGGACUUGGGAUUAUUGAAGUAUUUCCUUGGGAUAGAAGUUGAACGUUCCCCUACUGGAAUUUUUUUAAAUCUAAGGAAAUAUUCGCUUGAAAUUCUCUCGGAUACGGGAAUGUUGGCUUGUAAACCCGCCUCAACUCCUAUAGAGGUCAGUCACCAACUCAAUCCUAACACAGGCGAACUUCUUGCAGACCCUUCCACAUAUGGACGACUCGUUGGUCGCCAGCUCUACCUCACAGUCACUCGGUCAGACAUCACUUAUGUAGUUACUCUUUUUUCGCAAUUCAUGUCUGCACCACGUGACAUGCAUUGGCAAGCCGCGCUUAGGGUCGUACGUUAUCUCAAAAACUCAACAGAUCUUGGCAUACUUUUAUCUACACAUAGUUCUUUAAAGUUACAUGCCUAUUGUGAUGUUGAUUGGGCUUCAUGUCCAACCACAAGAUGCACAACUACGAGAUACUGCACUUUUCUAGGAACAAGUUCCCUAUCUUGGCGAACAAAGAAGCAAACAACAGUAUCACGAUCCUCUUCUGAAGCUCAAUAUCGUGUCAUGGCCAAUGCAGCUAGUGAAAUCACUUGGCUUCAAUUACUCCUAUCAGAAUUAGAUAUACCAAUUCAUCCUGCACAAUUGCAUUGUGACAAUCAGGCGUCUCUUCACAUUGCCAAUAACCCCGUUUUUCAUGAAAGGACUAAACAUGUGGAAAUCGACUAUCAUUUCGUACGAGAGAAAAUCAAUGACGGCACACUACACACUACUUUCGUUCCAUCCAAUCAACAACUAGGCAACUAG